CAGGAAGCAUCUUUGACGUAUUUUUUAAUUUGUUUAUAUUUCCAAGGAUAUAGUCAACAUUAAAGCACAAAUGAUGAAGGGGGGCUCAAACCUAUAAAGCAAAAAAUUAAUAUAUUUAUCUAUAUUUCAUUUUGUGAAAAAAGCCUAUUUUUCUCAUAAAUUCAUAAGUAUUAAGAUGUGAAAUAUUAUGAUUAAAACAAAUCUUCAUGCUUUUCAGAUAUGUAUAAAUUGUUUUUUCCAAACCUUCAAAAUAUUGUUUUGGUUUUUCACUUCUAAACUGGCUGCACUGAUUACUAUUGUCUUCCAUUUCAGUACAACACGUGAGCACAGUUGGUUAUUUAACUAUUGUCGCAAUGGAGAACGACGCUGGAGAGUUUGUUGAUUUAUAUUGUCCCAGAAAAUGCUCUGCAAGUAAUCGCAUUAUUCAUGCCAAAGACCAUGCAUCAAUUCAAUUGAAUAUUGCUGAAAUAGAUCCAGAUACUGGAAGAAUUACUGACAAAUCAAAAAUGUAUGCCAUCUGUGGAAGCAUCAGACGAAUGGGAGAGUCUGAUGACUGCAUUACCAGGCUAGCAAAAGCUGAUGGCAUUUUACCCAAGAAUUUCUAGACCAAGAAUCUGAGUGAAAUUCCCAUCUAAAGUUAAUUUUUAUUAUUUUUUUUUUUUUUUACUUCUGGAUUAUUAAAAUUUUAUUGAUGUAAA